AUGUCUUUCUGGACCACCGAGCAGCCUGCAGUCUGCUCUGAAGCGCCCGGCUCUGUCAAGUCGCAAGGGCCUAAUCCAUUUGUGGAUGUGUUGGUUCCGGUCGCAUUGCAGUCAGAUAUGGUUCUUCAGGCUCUUCUGACGUUGAGCGGGGUCCAUUUAUUACAGAAAGGAUCACAUUGCUACGACCUCACUAUAUGGGAACACCAAGCCCAGGCUCUACGCUCGUUGAAAUAUGGUGUCACGAAGUUUGUGAUGUCUGAAGACGAUCUGGCAUAUUCUUUGUCGAUAUGUACUCUGAUCUUCUGCUUCAUAGAGGAGCAGGUAGUCAAUGGCUGCAUUUCCUGUGCUACAAGUCUCGAAAGAGAUAUUCUCCUCGAUUCCGUGCGGAAAUGGGAGCCCACUUCCUCAUCAGACUCGGACUGCGCGAUUGCUGGCAAGAUAUAUCAACUCGCACUCACUGCUUUGCUGCAGAUAGAUGCGGACAAAGCUUCGCUGCAGUGCCAUGUUGCUUCCGUUUCUACCCUUCUACAGGCCCUCCCGUUCUCCUCUAGCGUGACAACGACAUUAUGCUGGCCGAUCACUAUGCUUGGAUCUCUCACUCGACUAUAUUCAUGCAAAUCUACGAUAAGAUUCUAUAUGGAGCUUCUGGCGGCUCAGUACAAGUUCGAAAUUUUUCGGCAAUCACUUCAUCUGCUUGAUACUCUUUGGGAAGCCGAAGAAGCCCCGGUUGAAUCCAUCCUGUCAAUUCAAUCGGCAAUGAAGAGGAAUGGUUACUUCUUUACAUUUGCGUAA